GGCAACAGAGAAGGAAGAUACUAGUUUAGUUCAGUCAUCUCACUUCAUCGCCGAAACCAGUUUGAAGAAACAACGUCGUCUGGGGAUAUUGGUUCGGGAUGGCGCUCCAGAUGUGGAUAUCUGGCCUGCUGGUCCUCGCCUCAAUGGUCUCCCCGGCUGAGGCAAUGGACUUGUACGACCCUAAACUGUGUUACAUCCUGGAUGGCUUCCUCGGCAUUUAUGGCCUCAUCAUCACUGCCAUGUUCAUCAAAGAGAAGUUCUUCAAAUCGAAAGCGAAGAUGGAAGAGGAGGGCUUAUACAGUGACCUGAAAGGUCAGGAUCCAGGUACUUACGAGCCACUGAGAACGGGAGACCCCGAGAGAGGAAGAGUAAGUCUGCUAUUCUCAUACAACACAUCUAAUUAAGUACUGAAGUCAAAUGUUUAAACACAAAAGACAAAAAAACAAAUUUAGAAUGUUUAUAUGUUUGAUUCCACUUUUUUGAUUCUGGAGGAUAAGGCGCAUUGUUGUCACACUGGAUCGCCAUCCUGCAGUAGUGACUGUUGCUGAGAGAAGUUUUUCUUAAACAUCUCUAAAGUUAUUUACAGUUUUAUAAUUCCCGGUUCAUUUAAAAUUCCCAGAUCUUUUAGACCUCAUGGACUUGGCGUUUUAAGUGGUAGAAAGAUAUUGUCACUAAUCCCAUUUCCUUACCUGAAUGAUUGAGCAUGCAUUGAGAUUUAAUGUGUUAGAUAAGAUCAACAAAAUAACAGAGCCUCAAAUCUUCUUCUAGAACACGUGUAGAAAGAGCAAUCCUGGAUUCUAAACGAAGAACAUUAGAAGAAUUGUGACAAACUAAAAUACUGGAGACAAACUGCAAGAACUCCCAAACUGUGGACUUCUUAAAGAAACUGGGAACCACA